AUGGACUCUUUACCGGACGAGGUGCUUCUGAUGAUCUUCGAAUUGAUGCCUGCUCACGAGGUGAGGAACAAAGCUUUAUCAGAUUUGAUAUGUGAUCUACCACAAUUAAUUGAGGAAUUAGUAUUGAGUGCAUCAUGGUUUAGUGAUGAACAUAUACCUAUGUUAAGAGAGAGGCUCCCAAAGCUGUAUACACUCGAACUGUGGCGCUGUCGAGCUUCAGCUGAUGGGCUAAUGGAAUUAGUGAUGUCUUUGCCUGCUUUAGUAGAAUUUGAUACGGACAUGAUGCUUGGAGCGGAUAAUGUCCAGAUCCUGUCAAUACAUCCAUCAUUGCAAAGAGUCAGAUGUUGUUUAGACCCAAUGUGUACAGAUGUUAAUUCAAGAGGUCAAAAACUGAAGUUUAUGGCAGCUGAUGCAAUAUAUAGGAAUGCUUUUUUACGAGGCGAUGGUGAGGGCUACCGGGCAGAUUUGUUUUACUAUUGGACACAGAGAGUGCCAUUGGAAACUCCAACAAACCCAACAAAUUCCAUACUAUUAGAUAGA